GUGACAACAGAAGUUGGAAAACUUCUUGGUGAAGAAAAGGUGGAUGCAAUCUUGUGUGUAGCAGGAGGAUGGGCUGGAGGCAGCGCAAAAGCUAAAUCUUUAUACAAAAACUGUGAUCUGAUGUGGAAGCAAAGCGUUUGGACAUCGACUAUUUCCAGCCACCUAGCCACAAAAUAUCUGAAAGAAGGCGGCCUCUUGACUUUGACGGGAGCUCAAGCUGCUUUAUCUGGGACCCCAGGGAUGAUUGGCUAUGGCAUGGCCAAAGGAGCAGUGCAUCAGCUUUGUCAGAGUUUAGCUGGUGCCAAUAGUGGCUUGCCUUCUGGUUCUGCUGCUGUUGCUGUUUUACCGGUUACCUUAGAUACACCAGCAAACAGGAAAUCAAUGCCUGAUGCAGAUUUCAGCUCCUGGACACCCUUAGAAUUCAUUGCUGAAACCUUCUAUGACUGGAUAACAGGGAAGAAUCGACCAAAUUCCGGGAGUCUAAUCCAGGUGAUAACUACAGGAGGGAAGACUGAACUGGUUGCAGCAGCACAUCUUUGAUGUCAGUCACUUAAGGCGGUGGAACUUCAGCAAAGGAGAAGCUAUGGAAAAUCUGUCUCCCAUUAUAAUUUGGAUGGUCUUCUGUAUCCAGUGAUUGCAGUUGUGUCACUAAUGGAACCAGACUUCAAGUAACAUUUCUG